UCUCCAUGGGACGUUAUCAUGGGGUUAUUCGGCCGUCGUCCGUCGAUAUAAUUGACUCCCAACUCCGUGGUAUGGCAGCUGGGCUGACAGCCGAAACGAUGGAAAAUGAUAUUUCGAAGUGCACAUCAUCUCUCGAAACUUCGAUUGUGCCUCCUCUACCGACUGAAUUAGAAAGUGUGCACGACGUGACUAUAGACAAAAUUGCCGCAAAGCUUCUGAAAGACAAUUUCGUUUUGACCGCCUUGGAACUGCAUGCCGAACUCUUGGAAAGCGGCAGGGAACUACCCAGGCUGCGAGACUAUUUUUCCAACCCAGGCAACUUUGAAAAGCAUAGCCACUCGGUUUUUGAUGCUUCACCAGUGCUGCCAAGAACGUCGAGUGUCCAGACAUUUGAUUCUUUGGAUUUCACAAGGUAUUCAGAUGAUGGAGAGAAACAACUGGAUGAAAGAGUUGCUGUUUUAGAAUUUGAGCUUAGGAAGGCUCGUGAAACCAUCAAAAACCUGCGAGCAAACCUAACCGUUGUUACAGAGUCUGAUCCAAAUACUCCUGACAACGGCAGUGAGCACACAACUGUUUCAGAGGAACCUUUGCGCCCUCAUGAGCGGCGAGCUGUCAACUUCCUUCUGAACGAGUACUUACUAAAGCAUGAUUACAAGCUGACAUCCAUCACUUUUUCUGAUGAGAACGAAGUGCAGGACUUUGAGGACUGGGAUGACGUAGGACUGAACAUUCCCAAGCCACCUGAUCUGGUGCACCUGUACCGCAGUUACAACAAGCACUCCCGUCUUUGCUGCGAUGUUGUAGAAUGUCAGGUGCAGACUGACUUUGAAGAUUCAAAUGUGGAGCAACACCUCACAAGCAACUUGGAAGCUCUUGCAGCUGAAAAAGCCGCCCUGGAAGCUGAACUUAACUUAUUAAAGGUGCAUAUGGACAAGACCAACCAAGAAAAUCUUUUGCUUACAGCAGAGCUGGACAAAUUUUUGUUCUCUCGAGCAGAAUUGUCCUUCAAGCCCAGUUUGCCUUUGGAGAUGGCAGUCGACACAUUGUCUGAUGCUGUAGAACCCUGUACCGCGAGCCAAAGUGUGGCUGUAGUCUCACCACACAAGCAGCUGCCAGAGGAAAAGGGCGACUCGGCGGAAAAGCAUAUGCCUCAGGCACUUACGAUAUGUGUGGCUGAUCAAGUGUGUGAUAAAGAGACAUGUGAUAUGUCUGUUGAUGGCAGUGAGAGUGUCAGCAAACCAGAAGAAUCAGAAGUCCUUAAGAGUACAAGGAAGACGUGUCCAGCCUUUCUUGAGGCCCUUAUGAACGUAUGCCAACCACAUUGUGAGUUGUCUGACUCACGCCUUGCAAAAGAUGUGACAGCAGUGGCUUCAUCAGGCGAGGAGGUGGUUCUGAUGCUUGCCCGGUGUCUUCCACACAUUGUGCCUAAUGUCCUGCUGGCAAAACGAGAGGAGCUGGUUCCUCUACUCUUGGCAGCCAUCAAUUUGCAUCCGGAUGCUGCUCAACGUGAUGUCCUUCUGAAUCUGUUAUUCAACCUAACGAAGCGUCCUGAUGAUGCGCAGCGCAGAGUCAUAUUGGCUGGGCUUUUGUCUGUGGCUCAGUGCUUAGGCCCUGAACGAGUUGAAGCUGAGCUUCUGCCACAGUGCUGGGAGCAAAUAAACCAUAAGUACUUGGAAAGAAGACUUUUGGUGGCAGAGUCUUGUGGCUAUCUGGCAUCACAAGUAGCUCCUGAGAUUUGUAGCUCCCUGCUACUGUCCAUGCUACAACAGAUGCUCAAGGAAGAAAAAGAGGACAUGAUCCGUGAGAGGGCUGCACAUAGUUUAGCUGUGCUGCUUGCCUACGUGGAUGACCAAGAUAAGUUUUCUCAGGCAGUUGACCUGGCAUUGCUCGUGGUAGCUGAUGCACAUGCAAGCAUGGCUGAGGUGGCACAGACUGUCUUACUUCCUUCUGUUGCUGCAUGGGCACUAGAAAUAGGCCACCUGGAGGACACGCUGCUUUCCACACUGAUUAAACUUCUUGAAGAUCAUAUAAAGGCCUUGGCAUUGCGAUCAGCUGAUGGCCCAACUGCACUUACACAAGCUGAAGAACAACACUCAGUGCAUCUCAUUAAGGCACUUGGAGCCUUGCUGCCAUUCCUUUUUGUUCGUGUUGUCGAAACUGGCCCCUACAUGAGCCGCUUGAACCUCACAGACAGCUCCUUGAAGAGUUUGUUAGAAGAUGAUAGACUGCCACAACCACAAAGCCCGCUGUUUGACCCAUUCAAAAUCUCAAAUUAUACUUUAAGAAUGCCAGCUGUGGUAGCAGCAUUUGACGAGCACAUUGGACAAGAAUGGUAUAAGACAUGGCCAGCUUUUGACUGGCUCCUCAGCAAAUUCAUUCCCUUCCUGACAGGCAUAGCUGCUCACACAGAACCGUCAAGCCGUGCGACUGUGCAUGCGCUGUCUGGGCUCCUUCUCAGUGUCUGCCAACUUUUUGGUCACACCUUUACUCAAUGCAAAGUAAAGCCUGCCUUUUCUGCAUUGAUUCCUCUCAAUGAGGCCUUCACUCAGGAAGCAAAGAGCAUGUUGACAAGUGCUGUGGGACCUGUAUAUGCAUCUGGCGUCCUGGCAGCUUUCUCUUGUGAGGCUGAUUGCAAGGAGCUGGUGGCCUUCUUGAAGAAUCUUCUGUUUGUAGUGUCACUUUGUGAACUUCCGUUGUCAAGUGUGGAGAGCAUCUUCACUGAGCUUAGCAUGAACAAAAAUUACCAUGAAGUUCUGCUGUUGGUGCUUUGGGAAGGAGUGGUCCAUAACACCGCACUUGUCCGAAGCAAUGCAGGCCGCCUUUUUGAGCUUCUAGUUGGGACUGUGUCCGAUCCAUUGCUGAAAAGUCGUGUGACUCCAGCACUUGUUACUCUUGCAAGUGACCCUGAAAUUUCUGUGCGCAUAGGAACAGUGAGACCGUUCGGAACGAUUUUGGCAACAAGCACUCAAAAAGAUUUGCUUGAUAAAGCAUUCAUGCAGCUGCAGACUUUUCUUGAAGACCCUCAGCACAGAGAUGACCACUCAAUGCAGGCUGAGUUUAUUCAUAUGUUUGCUUCAUUAGGCCCAAAUACGGAACCACGCUUUAGAGACGAAUUCAUCUUACCUCACCUUGCAAUCUUGGCUAUGAGAAACAAUCAGAAUACAAAUGACUCAUCAAGGGUGGAAAUCAUGGAGUUGCUUCUUGAAGCCUACAGUGCGUUGUCUUGCACCUACAUUUCAGAACAUGCAAUCUCUGAUGCAUUCUUACCAGGCUUAAGGUGUUUGUUGGAAGAUGCAAGGCAAGUUGCACCUUGCCAUGAGUCAGCAGUGUCAGCCAUGAUAGCUGACUUUGAAGCCAAAUUGGACUGCUGCAGAGAAAGAACACCAUCACUGAGCUCGCCAAUGGCAAGUAUGGAGGAGAUGAAGCGGAAGAUGACGAAGAUCUUCACUGUGCCUCCUACUAAUGCUCGUUCGAAUCUUCCAAACAUUUUUCAGUUGCGAAAGAAAUGAGCAGAGGCAUUGCUAGUCAAGGCCUACACUGCUGUAAGGAGCUCUUGUUUUGACGAAACCAGUCAUAGCGUCCUUUGUGCACUGUGGAGUGGAGGAGCAUAGUACCCUUUUCUGACUGGCGCUCGCUGGGUGAGCCUCACGCAAACUAAUCUCUGCUGCACUGACUCUAAGAGUAAUGCCAUCUCUGCAUGCAUUUUGGAUGCCACACCUGGCAGUACUGUAGCAAGCAAAAACAAUGUUGUGGGCAACACAAAGAAGUGUUUUUCAGAAGAUAGUCGUGUAUGUUUUGAAAGCCUGCUUCUGUCGCACUAAAUGAGGUUAAUGCAAAAGAAAUCGCUGAAUCUUGCUGAUUUCUUCUUUUUGAUAUUGACAAAGCAAUAUGUCUACAGGCCACCAAGCAACAUACUUUGGACGAGCUCAAGGCAUGAAUCCAAGAUGUGCUUACCGACCAAGCGUGCCAGAGAUUGUUGAAAUCAGUACAGUUGAGCGUGGUUAUAAUGAACAGGUUUAUGUAAAAAUAGUCUGACAUAUCAGGUAAUUCAAUAUACCCGAAUUCGCCUACGCAUGUUUCCAUUUUGUCAAGCGCGCAGACACGCGAGAAGUAUGCCGCGUUUUCCCGACCGACAUGCACAUGUGCGAGUUGCAAGAGAACACCCGUUUCUGUGCCUUUGUCCCAGCCAAGCUACACUACGCAACCGCGGAUAAAGACUAGGUGUAGCAGUUGUAGCAAACAGUAACGGGGAUUAGACCCUGUUGCAGCUUGAUGUUGGCGUUUGAGCCAUGGAAUCCACCAAGCCCAUUGAGGAGUAUAUCUGGUAGUAGAAAUAAGGAAAAUGGUUUAAUUUACAUUAUUUACACUGGCUCCGCGUACGGAAGCCCACUCCAUCAGGAGCACAUUCAACGACUCAGUUCGUCUCAGGUCACGUCAACCUCUCCCUCCUGAAGUCAAGGUGUCUCCUUAUAAAACAUCGAUCUUCCCUAGUUAACCCGACUUGGGAAUCAGAUGACCUUGAUGUGGCCAAUCAGAGGGGUCAUAUGGUUCGCUGAACUCCACCUCCAAUGUUGCACCUUCGAAGCAAGGACGAGGCAAUCCAGAAACAGGGGGUUGACACUCCUUCCACGAAAAUUGGUGACUUAGUUUCUUGCCCUCCACCGGUCAUCUUGCCAGGGUCAGGAAAAUGGCGUUCACGCUAAUCCCCACUUCUAACGAAGGGUGGCGGUUGUGGUCGGUCGCCUCUAAGUGAGCUGCUUGUCCGAACGGCACUGUCGCCGUCUGGGCGACGCUGAUGAAUGGGGUGGCAUCGGGGAAAGCACCCAAAGAAUGGGCACUGCCGAGUUGAGGCGCUUGUUUGCCCGUCUCGUCGGUGUCGGGGACUGUCGCCGUCUGGGCAACGCUGACGAAACGGGCUGCCUUGUAGGGAACGUACAAGUUAUACGCUGGCCCAGGUAGAUACGUAACAACCCGAACGUCUGACUCGUUCUUCAUCUGGUAGCAACUGAGCCAGCAGCCUUCGUGGCCGCUGCUGGAGCCGGACACCAACUUCGGGCAGCAUGCUCGAGCAACGCCGUCGCGACCAGGAAGCAGUUCCAUCACCAGUGUCAGCUUCCGCAGGAUAGGCGGCGAAUCGUCGUCGUGCACCAGGACGAAGUGUCCAACUUGAAGUCGUGGUGGCAGCUUCGUUGUCACCUCAUGUGCAGAGCGCAGAAGCAGCAAGUACACUAUUGCACGCCUAAAUGCAAACACUGGACGCUAGCCACGGAUCACUGAACUAGCAUAUUGAGCAGAAGUGCAAACACUGGACGCUAGCUAUGGAUCGCUGAGCUAGCACAUUGAGCGGCAGUUCAACUGAUGGCAGGAGCAGUUCAAGUGACAACCUGAACAGCAAUGCAGAUGGUGACUUGGUGAUCGAUCGAGGUGAUAAUCUGAGUAGCAAUGUUUGUGUUGGCUAGAAUGGUAACGAUCAGCGUCAGUUCCUGUCAUUGCCUGGGGUAGGCUUUGCUCUGCGAGUUCCAAAUACCAAGUCCUUUCAGCUGUAGCGUAUGUCUUGGGCAUCGUAAUGUAUCUGAUGCUGGCUUGUCGUCAUUCGCAUUUCUACUUGUUGCUGCAUCGGCAGUGGCCUUCCACCGCAGAUGCCCUUGUGGCUCAAUGUAGCAUUUGUGCAAUAUGUGUGUUUCCUCUUGUGUUGAGCUUCACUGGACCACUGCGCGUCAGCGUUCAUUCCGGAAGAGCGGCGCUUGUACACCUGCUUCUUGACGUAGUUGCAUAUUGUCAUGCUUGCACUAGUCGUUGAAUUACCGUCCGGAGUACAUGAAACCAUCGUUGGCAAUGACCUUGAGCCUCAUCUGUUACGCUUAUUUUAGCAUUUCUUAGCCUUGGGAGACUUUGUCGGCACAUAGUCUCUGGGAGGCUCUCCAGUAUCAAAGACCAGAGACGUGCUUUGUGCAGUUUAACCUUGGGAGAAUUUGUGGAGGGUUCCCUGGACCGUCCAUCGAAAACGGGUUUUCACAGCAGUAACUUGAGGCGAUAAUCAAGAUAUCUGGUCGGUUACAACAUCCCAGUAGAAGUCGGAGCCUAUCAGGAUGCAGAUCUCGCUCUCCCGGAAAGUCUUCGCCUCGGAGCGUGCAUCAGCAGAAGCAAGACCGUGGUGUGUCAUCAUGGUGAUGAUUGCACCAUCCACCGGUGGGCUGGUUACCGCAGAGAUUUCCGGCACUUCGAGGGCAUCUACAGUGGUCUCGUUGGUACUGUACUGGCUUUGGAGUGUGACGGACUCUUGGUUACAUAUAAGGGUCACAGGUCGAUGUGUUUUCCCGAAGGUGAGUAGGGUGAGGCGCUCAAUGCCUUGAACCGGGCAAUUGAGUGCUCGAGAAACGUCCUGCCGAACGAAAGUGCGCUGACUGCCCAUGUCUAGCAGGAACCGCAGCAAAAUUGACCUAGCUGGUACAACAGUCCAAGUUCUGCCCAUCUGUAGGAAUUCCGGCAUGAGACCGGUGCCACUCGUGGACACAGAUGUUGCAUGAGGUGGUGUGUCGAUGGACUCCGGCCCGCUUGUACUUUACACUGACGGCGCAGACGCGUUGCCCAGACACUUUGCCUGAUUUUGCGUCGGAGUACACACAUUGCACAGCGACGUAAAGUGUUGUCCAGCACAGUGGGCGCAUUGCAAAUUUUUGGCGCUUCGACAUUCACUGGCAACGUGGUUGCGCUUGGUGCAGCGGAAGCAAUGCCUGCACGUCUGAAGCCUCCUGCGUCUUUCUUCGGAAGUGAGUGAUCUGGACCGCGAUUUUGUAGCGGUGCCUUAUGACAUAUUCUAUACUAGUUUUAUCAUCCACCGCUCAUGACCGGCUGAUUCCGUUGAUAAUGCGAGCGGACUGUCGCUCUGACCACUGACAAAGCGCGAUAAGUGCGAAAAGGCAUUAUUACUGGAAAAGCAUUGCUACAAAAUACUGGCCCUGGAGCGUUCCUGAACUGUAUGGUCCGACGCGUUGCACAGGAGGCAGGGACACGUGUACAGCGAGCUUACUUCAGUUGACAGAGCCGCUGCAGAGGGCAGGUUUAGCUCCAGAGGUCACGAUUUGCGUGGAUGAUGCCGCUGGCUUGCAGAUGAUUUGGCUUGGUCGACGGCGCCUUCCUCCCUCGCCUCGACUUGAAUCCGUAGGAAGCUCAUCAGAUGUUUUACUUGCUGGGACUUGUCUUCUGUAACCGCUGCCGUGUCAUUGUGGUUCGACCAAGAAGCCUCCUUCAACCAGUGACGGUACAGGAUACCAAAGCCAGGUGGUAAGGCCUUCAUGAUGACGCAUCGCUGAACAGCAGCAUACUCACCUGGUGAAACGCCAAGGCCCUCCAGUGCGCUUGUGUGGAAAGUUAUCUCAUCAUAGAGAUUUUGAAGCUUGUCAAGACCUGUUGAACUGCGAAUGGGUGCUAUUGUAAGUAGGUGGGCCAGAUGGUCAUUGACCAGCAUGUUACGGCGGCUGAACCGUUCGAACUCGAUGAGCUCCACCUGCUUCGCUAAGACGAGCUCGAGGUGCUGGUGCAGCACCUGUACAGGGGUGGCCUCAGCUGACAGCAGGGCGUCAAUCGUAGAAAUGGCCUUGGUGAGGGCCCUCCGGACGAAGCCACGCUUGGUGCAGAGUAGCUCCAUUGCCUGAACGCGAGGGUCAGAUGACGGGUUUCGGCACCACUUGUAAUGUAGCAAACAGCGACGGGGAUUAGACCUGGACCCGGACGUCUGACUCGUGCUUCAUCUGGUAGCAACUCAGCCAGCAGCGCCUGUGGCUGCUGCACGUGCUCGGCGCACCUUCUUUAUUUGCAACAGCAGUCACAGAACCGCGCUCAUGAUUAGGAGGUCCGUAGUUCAAAUGCCUGUAUGACCGGCUUUUUUUUUUCAUUUUUUUGUUUUAAAUUGUAAUAUUAUAUCAUUUUGCCCUUCUACUUCUGCAGUAGUUUUUUUACCCAAGCUUCUCCACGAGGCCUGACAGAGGGUUCCUGCCAAGGGGAGCAAAGAGACCUGGCGUGAACCGCUGGGGUUGUGGCUUAGGUAGAUGCCACUUUAGCGGCCGCAGACCAGUGAUUAAUGACACGUUGUCACUGCGAUUUUGUUGUUUUAUAUGCUUCCCCACUACGGACUCAGUAUUGGCUUCAGUGAACCCAUUUAAACAAAAGUUAACCACUGGUUCUCGCGUAGUGCACAUUGCCAUAGGCUAGGGAUGAACAGAGCAAAGCAUGUAUUCCUCCGUAGUACUUAGGCAUAGUCCCCAAAUUUCUCUCUCACACUCACACAUGCACACAAAUGUCGGGCAAAGUCAGUGCAGCUGUUGCAUGUCUGCGCCAUUGACGAAACAGAAAUACGCCUAUAAUGAACUUAAACGAGCAUUUGUGGUGUACUUAUUACAUACGCAUUUUUUAUCUUCAAUGGAGAAAAGAAGCAUGGAAAUAAUAAAUUUGUUUAGAACAAAACUACACAUAAUUUUUGCCUGUGCCUUAUACUGUUUCUCAGUGUCACUAAGAAUAGGUGACUCGAUAGGAGCUCACAUCAAUACGUUUCUGAUAUGCUUUUGCAUGCUUCCAAGCAUUCUCGCACGCAUGGUCGAAAAUAAAAAUAAAUAAAUAAAUGAAAUAACUAUUCUGAACACUGCAUUUGUAGCAUGCAAGGGCCUUUAUGCCACUGGCAGCAGAGGCACCUAUUUCAUAUCCUUUGUCCAGUUCGUUAUGAGCAAUAUACUUUACAUGAGUAUAGAUCAGUAAAUUUCUUGUGUUCAAUAUAGAGAAUAUAGUUAAUUUUAUCUGGAUAUUUUAUAUAUGCAUUCGACUGUCUGUUUAUUUCCUGAAUGACUAUAAACUUAUAGGCAGUGCUGCGACCUAUAGAAAAUUUCAGAACAGUGUAAAGUAUUUUUGUCUGUUGUAGAAAACAAAAUUUGUUUUAAUAAAGUUGGCUUAUAACUCUGUAAAUUAGAAAUUUACAAGAGAAAUCUAAAUAUUAGGAUGUUUCAAAACUUAUUGAGAAGAGCAGUUCAUGUUUGUCCAACAUAGCCAUUCCUGAUCAAUAGUGAACCGUGCAUGUAGCACAGGUGCCUUCAAUGUGCAGGAAUGGAUAAGCCAAGUGGUUUGUGGUGUGUUUGAGUGAACUUGUGGAGAAUGGCGGAAGGCAGCUCUCGCCUUGCUCCUCACGCCUGCACUGCUACUGUCGAUACCUACAGCUGGCACGGCGACGACAUAGCCAACUCAAGCUAAAGCUCUAAGCUAAAGCACGACACUUGCAUGUUCCCACAAAUUUUUCUACAUAUAUAUGUGUGUUCAACCUUAUGAAUAGUUAGCCUCAGUUUAUUGGUAUGUGUUUAUC